AUGAUACCUCGGCCAUCCAAGGCUAUCCAACCCCCGCUCGGUAUCCAUCGCAAACUUCACCCAAGCAGACGCAACAUACCUAUUCGCCCGCUUCUCCACCUCAGAAUCAGGAGUGCCGGUGACAUUCUCUACGGAAAACGCUUGAAAGAUAUCGUCCCCGAUGACCGAGUCAAAAGCUCUCAAGUGGUUUUACGGUACCCGAAUCGCGUACAAGGUUGUCAUCACCGUCAACAAGAUCUCCUCCUGUGUCUCUACCUUCGCAUCUUCAUCCAGCCCGUCUUUCGCCGCAUCUGCUACUGCGCGAUCGCCUUUCUUUCCGCCUGGGGUCUCGCCUAUAUACUCGAUACCUUCUUCCAUUGUACCCUCGUUGACGCAUACUGGGGCAAGACAAUCAUGAACAAGACUUGUGUCAACAGCAAAGCGCGGUGGUUGUCGUAUGCCGUAAUCAAUAUCGUUUACGACGUAGCCAUCCUUGCGCUGCUGGUGUACCCGGUUUCGCAACUACAUCUGGCCCGCGGGAAGAAUAUUUACUGCGCUGGCAGUGAUGUUCGGCCUGGGGACAUUGCGGCCCCAUCCCCGGCACAAUCUGGAGCGUCAUCGAAGCCAACGUCGCAUCAUCUGCGCAUGUCUCCCCGUCUACCACCAAUCGCUGAAGUGAUGCCUCCCGCGCCUUUUCGGUUUCCAGCACUCGGCGCAUCCCUCCGCCAGGCCAUCGCGCGGAAGAGGUCAGAAGACCCCCGGGAGUAG